AUGUCGGAUAUCAAGAAGGUUUUUACGGACAAGGCUACGCCUCCUGCUGCCGCCUAUUCUCAAGCCAUCAUUGCAGGUCCCCAGAUUUUCGUCUCAGGCCAAAUUCCCGCGGAUGCAAAGGGCAACCUGAUCGAGGGUAGCAUCACAGAAAAGACAGCUCAAUGCUGUGAGAACAUCAAGGCCAUUCUCGCCGAGGCCGGUGUCGGCAUGGAGAAAAUCGUCAAGGUCAACGUCUUCCUCGACGACAUGGCCUACUACGCAGAAAUGAACGGCGUGUUCAGCAAGUACUUUGCCCACGAGCCUGCGCGCAGCUGCGUUGCGGUCAAGCAGUUGCCCAAGGGUGUGCCCGUGGAGAUUGAGUGCAUUGCUUACAAUGGUUAA